CAGAGCGGUGUUGCUAUAGCAACUUCCCAGACACACUCCGUCCCUCAAAUCAGGGAGGAGCUGCAGCGGGGUCUGGGGCGCAGGUGAAGAGGAGGAUGUGGACCCCUGGCUGGCCCUGGAAAUGCUUCCUGUACACCCCCAGCCUGUGCGGCCUGGGGAAGAGCAGAGGGGAUGGGUUGCCCAGUUCAGCGAGGGAGUCCAGCUCAGAGAGGGAUCGUGGGGCGGACCAGCCCAGUGUUGCGGAUCAGCUCAGAAUGUGAGACUGGCCAUCCCAGUGUUGGUAUCCACCUCAGACUGGGGAUCAUCCAGUCCAGAAUGGGGGUCGUUCCAACCCAGUGUUGGGGUCCAGCUCAGACUUGUGGCAUGGUAAGCCCAGAGCGGGGAAUCCAGCUCCACUGGAGGAAUCAGCCAGCCUGGAAUAGGGUGGCCCAGCCCAGGCUGGGCAUUCUUGCCCCAGAACUCCCAGGACAGCCAUAUUUCAAAGGUCAGAGGGUCUGAGAUUGUUGUCUGGAGGAAGGGGGUUCUGAGGCUGGGCUCCUUCCGAGAGCGACCCCGAGCCCCUUGCCCAAAUUGACAUUCUGCUGUUGCAAUUCCCCAUUCCCAGGGCAAGUUUCUAGACUUCUGCUUUCUGCUGUGGUCUGGCUUUUGAAGGAGUAUCUUGAGUUUUCUCUAUCAGCCCAAGUAGAAUCUGGACCAGAGUGGGAGCUGGCACCCCCUAUAUGGAAGAUGUGGGCAGGGUGGCAGGUUGUAUAGGCCAGCAGCUGACUGGGUUACCCUCCUCUGCCACUUCCUGUGGCUAGCAGGGAUCCUGGGUGCCAGGCACUCUGAGAGAAGCUGCCACUGACCCUCCACUUCUUUUGGAAUCUGGAAAGAAGGAGAAAGAUGGUCAAGGCUGCUCCCCCUCCCCCAACCCUGGGUUUAGCCGCUCAUUUCCGGUUUGGACUUUCAUGGCCGAGAGUAGAGCCAAGCACAGGGCAAGGUUUGACAGAGGCCAAGGACAUCCUGGGAUGCCGUUCCCCUCUCUGCCCCCGCAUAGGAGCAAAACAAAGAGCCGGACGUACCCAUUUUCUCUCUGGGGAUAGCAGGAUUUGGGGGUUCCAUGGUGAAAGGGAGUUCGGGGAGAAGGCAUGGUGGCUCUUGUCUCCCCCCCCACCCCACCCGAAACCUUUCUUUACAGCUGUUCUUUCAGCAAAUUAAGGGAGCUCUGGGACCAUUUUAGCCCCCAGGGAGUCUCUGACUGUUUCGUGAUCCUGAACCUUAACUCCUUCCCCGCCGCCCAGUGGGCGCUGCUCUGGGCACGUCGGGCGCUGUCCUCUGGACAGUCCCAUGCCCACUGAGGAAGGCCAGGCCUGGCAUCCCUUGAGCAGUGAAGUCCCUGGAAAGGGAAGUUAGCUUUAUCACUCUGCCCCAGGACAUGCAGGCCAGUCAGAGGGACACCCUCGGGAGACUCUUCCCAUUGCCUCCUGCCAAGGAAGCCCUCUGCAAACCUUGGCCAGCUUGGAGCAGGUACCUUUAAAUGCUUCUGUGGCAACCAGCUCCUCCUCCCUGGUCCCCCGAGGCCUUUCCAAGGAAGCUGACUUAGAGGCUCUGCAUUUUCCUGGUUUCUCAGCAAAAGGAAGAUUCCAGGGAGAGCCCGGGGGGGCUGGGGAUGGACCUGGGAUCAGGCAGCAGCCAGAGCGAGGACUCGGAGACCACCUUCCAGCUGUGGCUGCAGUUGCUCCUCUGGGUCCACCUGGCUGUCCGUUUCCUGAGUUACCUGCACCACACCUUCCGGGAGCCUAAGCCAAAGCCAGCACCCUGAGCCUCCCUGGCCAGGGAGCAGGAGGCCCCCAGGUCACCCCAUCCCAACUACCCUUUAUUCCACCCUCUGCUGGAAGAGACAGGAAGCAGAGGUGAGUGGGGGGGCUCGUGAUGGAGGUUACCCCCCCAUCAUCCCUCUCUGUCUCCUACUCCUCCUGGCACUGGCCUCCCCCAUGCCCCAUCCCCAAAUCUGACAAGCUAACAGGGCCAUAGUGGCACCAGAGGGGACAGAGCCUGGGCACGCCUGUCCUUUGAGAGGCCAGAGAAGGGCGGUGCUAAGAGCAAGGCACCCUGUGGAGCCACUCCAUGGAGCACCAGUGGACAGCCAGAGGCUGGGCACUCAGAGUCAGGGAGCACCAGCAGACAGCCAGAGACUGGGCACUCAGAGUCAGGGAGCACCAGCAGACAGCCAGAGGCUGGGCACUCAGAGUCAGGGAGCACCAGCGGACAGCCAGAGGCUGGGCACUCAGAGUCAGGGAGCACCAGCAGACAGCCAGAGGCUGGGCACUCAGAGUCAGGGAGCACCAGCAGACAGCCAGAGGCUGGGCACUCAGAGUCAGGGAGCACCAGCAGACAGCCAGAGGCUGGGCACUCAGAGUCAGGGAGCACCAGCAGACAGCCAGAGGCUGGGCACUCAGAGUCAGGGAGCACCAGCAGACAGCCAGAGGCUGGGCACUCAGAGUCAGGGAGCACCAGCAGACAGCCAGAGGCUGGGCACUCAGAGUCAGGGAGCACCAGCGGACAGCCAGAGGCCCUGCGCUUAGAGUCAGGGAGGUGGAGGAUUCAGCAAUUCUUUCCUUUUUGUUAAGAGAAAAGGGAAAACAGACCAGGCCUUUUGGAUUCCUUUCAAGCCCAGCGCCUCUCUGCCUUCUUGUGUGGGUGAAGGUAGAGUCCCAGGAGGGUACCCUCCACCCUCCCCACUCAGUGCUGAGUUCUAUAUGGAUUAUUUGGAGGUUUCCAAGGAAGAUGUUUUGUGUCACAAAGGUUCUGUUUGUGAGGCCGGGCGUGGUGGCUCACACCUGUAAUAGCAGCACUUUGGGAGGCUAACAUCAGACGAAUCCAUUGAGGCCAAAAGUUGGAGACCAGCCUGGGCAACAUAGCGAGACCCCAUCUCAAAACAAAACACACAAACGUUCUGCUAGUGAAAGCACUGGAUUCGGUGCAGCCACCAGGCUCAGAGAGGCUGCUGGGCUAGUUGGUAGCCCAGCCAAACACCCACCUAGGAUUCCUGGCCCUUCACUGCCUGUCCCCUCUUGGCCCAGUCAUUCUUUCUGGGGCCUUCUUGACCACAGUCUUUCUCCUCCCCAAUCUGCCACUUUUUUUUUCCUUUUUUGGGAUGGAGUCUCAUUUUGUCACCCAGACGGGGUGCAGUGGCGUGAUCUCAACUUACUGCAACCUCCACCUCCCGGGUUCAAGCAAUUCUCCCACUUCAGCCUCCUGAGUAGCUGGGAUUACAGGCGUACACCACCAUGCCCAGCUAAUUUUUGUAUUUUUAGUAGAGAUGGGGUUUCACCACAUUAGUCACGCUGGUCUCGAACUCCUGACCUUGUGAUCCAUCCGCCCGCUUCAGCCUCACAAAGUGCUGGGUUUAAAGGCGGGGAGCCACUGCGCCUGACCCAGUCUACCACUUUCUUUCUUUUUUUUUUUUUUGAGACGGAGUUUCACUCUUGUUACCCAGGCUGGAGUGCAAUGGCACGAUCCCGGCUUACCACAACCUCCGCCUCCUGAGUUCAAGCAAUUCUCCUGCCUCAGCCUCCUGAGUAGCUGGGAUUACGGGCAUGUGCCACCAUGCCCAGCUAAUUUUUUUAUUUUGAGUAGAGACGGGGUUUCACCUUGUUGACCAGGAUGGUCUCGAUCUCUUGACCUUGUGAUCCACCCUCCUUGGCCUCCCCAAGUGCUGGGAUUACAGGUGUGAGCCACCGCGCCCGGCCGCAGUCUACCACUUUCUAGCCCAGUGAGGGCUCUGCUCUCUAAAUGCUGAGGGAGAGCCUUGGGGACAAGUAGUGAGGGUGGUUCCCCCUUCUCAGAAGACCAUGUGGGAUUCCUGGCAGGUAGACGACCAGCAGUCCCAAAGUGCAGAUGCAUGGGGCCCCUCAGAGUGGUAGCAAACCCAGGAACAUCAGGGGGUUGAAGACAGCUCUGCCCACAUUGGCCACCCUGGUGCACUAGACUUGGUGCUGAAACCAGCGGCUGAGUUGGCAGUGAAAUAGUUAAUCUCAUGGGAAGUUGGGGCAGGCAGGUGACCGCAGACCUGAUCAGUCUUCUCCUGUGUACAGUGGGAAUAACAGCAGCUCCCACCCCAUAGGGUCAGAACAAAGCAUAGAAAACACAGUGAGGGCUGGUCCCUUGUAGCCCUAGGUGGUGGUUAAAAGGACAAGUCCAUAGUGUAAGAAUCUCUCAGGCUGCACAUUUAAAAUUCGAGCACUCAAUGUAUCCCCUCAUUUGUUUUCUUAUUAUUAUUACUACUUUCUUUUUUGUUUGUUUGUUUGUUUUGAGACAGGGCCUCACUCUGUCAUCCAGCCUGGAGUGCAGGCUCAGCCACGGCUCACUGCAGCCUCGACCUCCCGGGCUUGAGCAGCCCUGCCACCGCUACCUUCUGAGUAGCUAAAGCUACAGGUGCCCACCACUACACCCAGCUAAUUUAUUUUUUAUUUUUUAGUUUUUUGAGAUGGAGUUUCCCUCUUCUUGCCCAGGCUGGAGUGCAAUAUCACAGUCUUGGCUCACUGCAACCUCCACUUCCUGGGUUCAAAUGAUUCUCCUGCCUCAGCCUCCCAAGUAGCUGGGAUUAUAGGCAUAUUCCACCACGCCCGGCUAAUUUUUAUAUUUUUAGUAGAGACGGGGUUUCACUAUGUUGGUCAGGCUGGUCUCGAACUCUUACCUCAGGUGAUCCACCCACCUCAACCUCCCAAAGUCCUGGGAUUACAGGUGUGAGCCACCGCACCUGGCCAAUGCUUUUUAUUUUUUGUAGAGACAGGGUUUUGAUGUUGUCCAGGCUGGUCUUGGGCUCCUGUAUUCAAGCAAUCCCUCCAUCUUGGCCUCCCAGGGUAUAAUUAUUUUUUUGAGACAGUCUCACUGUGCCGCUGAGGCUAAAGUGUAGUGGUAUGAUCACAGCCCACUGCAACCUCAAUCUCCCAGGCUUUAAAUGAUCUUCCUGCCUCAGCCUCCUGAGUAGCUGGAACUUUUCUGAGACAGAGUCUUACUCUGUCCCCCAGGCUGGAGUGCAGCAGCAUGAUCUCCACUCACUGCAACCUCCACCUCCCAGGUUCAAGAGAUCUUCCUGCCUCAGCCUCCCAAAUAGCUGGGAUUACAGGCACCCACCACCAUGCCCGGCGAAUUUUUGUAUUUUUAAUAGACAUGGGAUUUCACCAUGUUGGCCAGGCUGGUUACAAACUCAUGACCUCAAGUGAUCCAACCGCCUCGGCCUCCCAAAGUGCUGGAAUUACAGACAUGAACCACCUUGCCCCGUCUCUCCCCAUAUUUAUUUAUUUAUUUAUUUUUGCUUUUUUAUUUUUAUUUUUCUAAGACUCAGUCUCACUCCUGUCUGCCAGUCUGGAGUGCAAUGGUGCAAUCUUGGCUCACUGCAAUCUUCACCCCGUGGGUUCAAGCAAUUCCCCUGCCUCAGCCUCCCAAGUAGCUAGGAUUACAGGCGCCUGCCACCAUGCCUGGCUCAUUUUUGUAUAUUUGUUUAGUAGAGAUGGGGUUUCACCAUGUUGGCCAGGAUCAUCUUGAACUCCUGACCUCAGGUGAUCUGCCCGCCUCGGCCUCCCAAAGUGCUGGGAUUACAGGCAUGAGCCACCACAUCUGCCCUUUUAAAAAUUAUUUAUUUAUUUAAUUAUUUUUUCCAAGACCAAGUCUUGCUGUUACCUAAACUGGAGUGCAGUGGUGCGAUCUCGGCUGACUGCAAACUCCGCCUCCUGGGUUCAAGCAGUUCUUCUGCCGUAGCCUCCUGAGUAGCUAGAAUUACAGGCAUGUGCCACCAUACCUGGGUAAUUUUUUUUUUUUUUUUUGAAGACAGGGCCUUGCUCUGUCACCCAGGCUAGAGUGCAAUGGUGUGAUCUCAGCUCACUGCAACCUCUGCCUCCUGGUCCAAGUGAUUCUCCUGCCUCAGCCUCCCUGGUCCUAGUGAUUCUCCUGCCUCAGCCUCCCAAGUAGCUGGGAUUACAGGUGCGUGCCACCAUGCCUGGCUAAUUUUUUUGCACUUUUGGUAGAAACGGUGUUUCACUGCAUUGACCAAGCUGGUCUUGAACUCCUGACCUAGUGAUCCACCUGCCUCAACCUCCCAAAGUUCUGGGAUUACAGACAUCAGCCACUGUACCUGGCCUGUCUUCCCAUAUUUUAUACUUCAAUUAAAAAAUAGUAGGCCAGCACGAUGGCUCACAUCUGUAAUCCCAGCACUUUGGGAGGCCAAGGUGGGCAGAUCACCUGAGGUCAGGAGUUUGUGACAGCCUGGCCAACAUGGUGAAACCCUGUCUUUACUAAAAAUACAAAAGUUAGCCAGGCAUGGUGGUGGGUGCCUGAAAUCCCAGCUACUCAGGAGGCUGAGGCAGGAAAAUCGCUUGAACCCAGGAGGCAGAGGUUGCAGUGAGCGGAGAUCACACCACUGCACUCCAGCCUGAGCGAGAGAGCAAAACUCUGUCUCUAAAAAAUAAAUAAAUAAAUAAAUAAAAUAAUAAUAGCUGACAUUUAUCUGGCACUAACAUCAUGUGGGCCACUGUCUAACCCCCUUUGCCAAGAUGAACUCGUUCAUUCCUCAAAACUACCCCAUUUUGCAGAUGAGGAAAACUGAGGCCUAGAGAGGUAAGAUCAGUUGCCCAAAGUCAUGAAGUUCAUCGGAGACCAGGCUGGGCUCUGAACUGGAUCUUGUCUCCAGGUCUUGGCCCACAGCUGCUUUGCUGGGCUGUGUCUCAGCAGAGAUGAGAAUGACGGUUUUCAAGCCUGUUUCCUGGGUUGCUAAAUGGAGGCCGUGGAUACAAGACAGGCUGGCAAGGCAUUCAGAUGAGACAGUGUGGACAGCGGCCGGCCGGGGAACUUUCAACAUUAGCUGGGUGGCGAUGUUCACCUUGGGGUGCCGUGGGGCCGAGGAGUGGGCAUCGGGAGGGACUUCCCUUGAACCAGCUCUGGAGCAAAGCCCUUGGGAUUGGCACAGAGAGAACAGGGCCAGCUGGGGGCCAAGGUGACAGCUGAGCCCCCCAAGGGCGCCUGCUACCCGAGCCCCUGAGGCCUCCACCCCAGGCCCGGCCUCCCCAGAGAAGGCGCUGGAGGAACCGCCAAAUCCCAAGGCUAUAAAUACCCCAGCUGGCGCCGGCCCUGGCCGUGGAAUGUCGGUCAGAACUGGGGCGAGUGGGGGUGGGCUGGCCUGCCUGGACGCCUCUCUCUGUUCCCCUGGGAGUGACCCCCUGAGACUCUCUGUACCCCACUUUGCAUGGAGUGGUGUUUGGAUCCCACCUCUCUGGAGCAAGGGAGGCCCAACCAGGGCCCUGAGAGGCACCAGAACCUCAGGUUCCCGGUUGAGGCAGCUGCACCCCACUUUCUACCAAGUAUCUCCCCAGAAAUCACCUGAACCCACCUCGGCGCGACGGGGUUCUCUAACUCUCCCUUCUCUCCCUUUCAGUGAAAGAAUUCUUAGCCAAAGCCAAAGAAGAUUUUCUUAAAAAAUGGGAAAGUCCCGCUCAG